AUGACGGACGACUCUGGACGGCACAAGGAGGAGUUCGAGCUGAGCGACGACGCGAGUUUGAAAAGCGGAAAGUACGACAGCGAGGACCGUUCGAGUUCAGAAUCAUCAUCAGUACAGGACGGUCUAUUGAAGGAAUCUGGCGAUGUCGAAGCUCAACAGCCCGCGCCCGCCGAACAUUAUGUCUCGACACGCAUGAAACUGCUGUUCCUUGGAGCAUAUUUCUUCUUGAAUUUGUUCUUGACUCUUUCAAACAAAUCUGUCCUCGGAAAGGCUCGAUUACCAUGGCUAUUGACAGCGGCGCAUGCUUCCGCCACAUCAAUUGGAUGCUUUAUGAUGCUCGGUUUCGGCGCGAUCAAGCUCACUGACCUUGGAACACGAGAGAACCUGGUCCUGCUGGCGUUCUCAUUCCUCUUCACCAUCAAUAUCGCCAUCUCCAACGUCUCCCUGGCCAUGGUAUCAGUCCCAUUCCACCAGAUCAUGAGAUCGACCUGCCCGGUCGUCACUAUCCUUAUCUACCGAGUGCUGUACGGCCGGCACUAUUCAACGCAGACCUACCUCACCAUGAUACCUCUUAUCUUCGGUGUCGGUCUGUCCACGGCGGGCGACUAUUACUUUACGCUUGCUGGCUUCCUCAUGACUGGACUCGGAGUCAUCCUGGCUUCUGUGAAGACCGUUGCGACCAACAGGCUGAUGACUGGACCGCUCAAGCUACCUGCCUUGGAGCUAUUACUCCGGAUGUCACCUUUGGCUGCUGUUCAGUGCGUGAUCUACGCCUUCAUGACUGGAGAAGCCGAGCAAUUCCGGAACUCAUACCUACGAGGCGAUUUCUCUAAGACGUUCGGUGCGGCACUCUUCGUUAACGCAGUUACCGCCUUCUGCCUCAACAUUGUUGGAUUCCAAGCAAACAAGAUGGCAGGUGCUCUCACCAUCACGGUAUGCGGCAACUUGAAGCAAGCGCUUACGAUCGGACUGGGCAUCAUCCUGUUCCACGUUGACGUUGGCAUCACGAACGCUGUAGGGAUGCUCAUUACUAUUGCCGGAGCAGUAUGGUACAGCAAGGUGGAACUUGACAACAAGCGAUCAAAGCCGCGAUAG